AUGGACGCCUUGUGUAAUGGAGCCAUGAAACCUGAGGGCAGUGAUCCCAUUGUAGACCCCAGGCCCCCUCCUGCCAAGCUGGCACGACUGGAACAAAACGGAGCGGGACCCUCUGCCCAGGAGAGGAGCAGGCAGGGGAGUCCUGUGGCCAAAAACCCCUGCCUGGCCCAGAAGCCCACUGCAGUGAGACCACAGGGCAAAAGCUGGCACAGCAGAGGGAGCCUGCUGCCAGUGUUCUGCGUAGUGGAGCACAGGGAAAACCUACUGGAGGGAGAGAGGAGAGAGGAGCAUGCUGAGUUUGUGUUGGUCAAGAGAGAUCUGCUGUUUAACCAGCUGAUAGAAAUGGCCCUGCUGACACUGGGCUACUCCCACAGCUCUGCUGCACAGGCCAAAGGUCUGAUCCAGGUUGGCAGGUGGAACCCGGUACCUCUGUCCUGUGUCACAGAUGCUCCUGACGCCACAGUGGCUGAUAUGCUGCAGGAUGUUCACCAUGUAAUCACCCUUAAAAUACAGCUGCACAGCUGCCCCAAAUUGGAAGACUUGCCUGCCGAGCAGUGGAGUCACUCCACAGUGAGAAAUGCUCUGAAGGAGCUCCUCAAGGACAUGAACCAGAGCUCCCUGGCCAAGGAGUGCCCUCUGUCCCAGAGUAUGAUAUCAUCUAUUGUAAAUAGCACUUACUAUGCAAAUGUCUCAGCUGCCAAGUGUCACGAGUUUGGUCGAUGGUACAAGCACUUCAAGAAGACCAAAUGCUUCAAGGAGAUUGACUGCAUUUCCGAGCAGUCAGCACAUAUUACCCUCACCCAGCAGCCAAUCACAGGAAGCCCCGUUGAGCAGAGCUCGACCCUUCUUUUCCCUCGCGGAGGAGUAGCCAACAUAUGUGGUCGCUCACCCCUUGGCCUGCGGCCUCCCGGGCUGGUAACUCAGCCUCUCAGUUCCCAAAUGGUUAACCAGCAGCUGGUCAUGGCCCAGUUUCUCAACCAGCAGUAUGCUGUUAGCCGCAUGCUUGCUGGCCAGGGUCUCUCACCGUCCCCACAGCAGUAUCUCAACCACCCCCCUGUAGCAAGGGCUCCUGCCAAGGUCUUCUCCAAAGCCUCUGAUUCCCAAGCCCCACAGCAGGCACAGUGUGGCCCAGGGGGAGGCCCUGCAGCCGGGCCGCCAAGCCAGACAUCAGCUGGGUCGUCUGUGGGGCCGUGUGACGUGCCAAAUGACAUUUACCAGUGUGUGAGGGAGGAACUGAAGAGAGCAGGCAUCUCUCAAGCCAUCUUUGCCCGGGUGGCCUUUAACAGGACCCAGGGCCUGCUGUCAGAGAUCCUGCGGAAGGAGGAGGACCCCAAACACGCCUCCCAGUCUCUGCUGGUCAACCUACGGGCCAUGUACAGCUUCCUGCAGUUCCCCGAGGCGGAGAGGGAGCGCAUCUACCAGGAGGAGAAAGAGAGAAGCCUGACUGGAUUCACACCAAGCUGCAGCAACACGCCACCGAGAUCCACGCAGGCGAGACUAUCCCCAGUCACAGCAGACAGAGGUUUGAGGACAGACAGUUGUGUUCUCAAUGUCAGCUCUUCUAUCUAUGAGGAGAUCCAGCAUGAGAUGAAGAGAGCCAAGGUGUCUCAGGCCUUGUUUGCAAAGGUGGCCGCCUCCAAGAGUCAGGGCUGGCUGUGUGAGCUGCUGCGCUGGAAGGAGGAUCCCAGUCCAGAGAACCGGACCCUGUGGGAGAACUUGUGCAUGAUCCGCCGCUUCCUCAGCCUGUCCCAGAGUGAGCGAGAUGCCAUCUAUGAACAGGAGAGCAGCAGCACAGCGGCUCAGCAGCAUUGCGCUGACAGGCUCACACUGCUCAGCAACGACAAUACACUGUACCAACGCAACUCCCCUCUGCCGCAGCAACACCAUCUUCAACCCCACCAACCCUUGCAGCCUGAGGCAGGACCUCACCUGUCUCCACGGCAACCGUGUGCUGCAUCGCCAGCCGAGUCAGAGGUUGGGGUGAACUGGGGGCACUUGAGAGUACGUUUGCAGAGCAGGGGCAGUAGCAAUGGUGAGAGAGGGGACAGUAAAGACUGGGUUGAGGGAGGACAAGGAGAGAGGGGCAGUGCGGGAGGGGACUGGGGUUGCACUGGAAGGGUGAGGGAUAAGGGUACAGAAAGCAAUGAGCAGGCGAGGGAUGGAAAUGUGUGUGAGGAAGGCAUAAAUGAGAUCAGUGGAGACAGCAAAGAGGGCAAGGUUAAGGAGGAGCUGUCUGUGAAGUGGCCCAGUGUGAAGAAUGAGAGCCGAGAUAGGGCUGGGAUUUGUUCAGAGGCAGAUAGUCAUGAGGUUGAAGGUGGAGAUGAGGCACAAGGUGAGGGGUUGAGAGUGUCCCACGAAGCCCUGGGAAUCCUGCAGAGCUUCAUCCAGGAUGUAGGCCUCAACCCAGACGAGGAGGCGGUCCACACCCUGUCGGCUCAGCUGGGCCUCCCCAAACACAUCAUCUGCAGCUUCUUCAGCAGCCAGGACCAAGGACAGAGUCAAGAACUCGACCGGUAUCAACACCAGAGUCAGAGCCCAAAACAUGGCCUCGUCCAUGCAGACGUGUCCACAGAGGAACAGGAGGUGGAAACUGAUGGAAAGACUGAAACAAGAGAACAAAAGGAGGAGGAGAAGCAAACAGAAAGAGAUGAAGCCAACGAGAUCAUUGUUUUGAAAGAAUUGGAUGCUGGCACUCAAACCAUGCCCCCUAUGAAAGAGGAGAGGGAGAGCUACAUCUAA